GUAAAUCCCAUGAUCCCUGAGAGUUUUAAGAUGUUGUCGUGUUUAUAUUACGCUUGUUUCGUUAAUUUCAUAAAUUAAUGUACCCUUUUUAACAGUUGAAGUGGAUGUUUCACGCUUGUAGUAUAUCGCAUCCGUGCAAAUCCGUACAGUAAAGUAGUCAGUAGUGUUGGUAGUGCUUUAGUCGCGUCUCCCGGAUGAGAUGGAGGCGGUGUGGGUGAAGGCGGAGCCGCCGUGGGAGGCGGCGGAGCCCCCGGGCUCGCAGGGACUCGCGCAGCCUCGCGCCGCGCACGCAGAUGCUGUGACAGAAGCUCCUCCUGCGCAGUCUGGGUAUGUGUCAGUGAAGCAGGAGCCAGUUUGGGAGGACGACACUGUUCAGCCAUGCGCGACCGAGGGUGACUCACAUGUCAGGGCGACACCAAGUGAGCAAGAAGUGCUCAUCCAGGUGGAACUGGAGUUCGUGAAGCAGGAGCCGGUGGGGGAGGGGGAGAAAGAGACAGCGCAAGAAGACAAACAAAAGCAAAUUACAGAAUUUGAAAAGUCACAAGAACCGCCUGCCCGCGCGCAGAGCCGCGGGCCCAACGCGUGCCCCGUGUGCGGCAAGCAGUUCAAGCAGUCCUACAACAUCAAGGCGCACAUGCGCAUCCACAGCGGCGACAAACCCUAUCCCUGCGCGCACUGCCACAAGCGCUUCCUCACCCCGCGCGACCUCGCCACGCACGAGCGCACGCACACCGGGGAAAAACCGUUUAUGUGCAAACUCUGUAAUAAAGUGUUCUCGCAGCUCGGCAACCUGAAGACGCACGAGCGCACGCACUCCGGCGACAAACCGCACGCCUGUCCCAUAUGCGGCAAGGAGUUCGCGGAGACGGGCAGCCUGAGGAAGCACGAGCGCAUCCACACUGGAGAAAAACCGUACUCGUGCAAAAUAUGCAAGAAAGAGUUCCGGCUGGCGAGUAUGUUAUCUAAACACAAGAGAGUACACGUCGAGGACAAACCAUACGCUUGCAGCAUCUGUAGCAGGCAGUUCGUGAUGGAGGGAGACCUGCAGAUACACGUGCGCGUGCACACCGGCGACCGGCCCUACGUGUGCGCGGUCUGCGACAAGGAGUUCACGCGCUCCAGCACACUCAGGCGACACGAACGCAUCCACUCCGGACAGAGGGAGUACUGCUGUGAAGUCUGUAAAAAAGAGUUCACCAAUUCCAGCGAUUUAAAGAAACAUCGGCGAAUCCACACUGGUGAAAAGCCGUAUUCGUGUGAAGUUUGUAAGAUGGAGUUUACGGGGUCUAGUGGCUACCACCGACAUAUGAUGAUCCACACGGGACAGAAGCCGCACGCUUGCGACAUCUGCCACAAGGAGUUCCGGCAGACGAGCAGCCUGCGCGACCACCUGCGCAUACACACCGGGGAGAAACCAUACGUGUGCGCCGUGUGUGAUAAAAGCUUUAGGGAACUGAGCGGGUUCAGGAGACAUGAACGGACUCACAGGUAAUAGUGACCGAGUGUGUGUAAUGAUACUUUUAACGAAAUACGAAAGUUUAAAUUAAACGCCGCAUCGCUGCCAUAGCUUGUAUCUAGUUAAUUUGAAUUUCUAUCAAACAAAGGAAGUGUGUGAAUAGAAAAUAACACGAAGUUUCUUUUGGUGUUUAAUUUUUCCAGCGGCACAAAUUAUUUUCUAUGCUUUGCGUUUUUAAUUUUAAAGACUGUUAUUGUGUGUUACAUGCUCACUUAGAAUAUCUUUCUUCAAGACAAACCUUCAUUCAUUCUCAACAGUAAGAGAUCCAAC